CGAAUAGUGAAAUAUGACAACUUUACCGCCAAGGGAUAGAGAAGUUUUAUCUAAACCUGAAGUACAACGUAAAGCGACAGUCGCACAACUUUAUUUCUACGAUUAUUACUUCGACUUGUUGGGAUACAUACACAAUAGAAAGCAGCGUUUAGAGCAUAAAGUAUACGAAUUACAAGAUAGUACUAAAUCACCAGAAGCAGCACAGAAAGACUGGAAAUCUUAUUGUGGAAGAGAAAGAGCUUUGCUCCGCAAACGUCGUACAAAGAUCAAGUUUAACCAUUUCCAUAUUAUCUGUCAAGUUGGUCAAGGUGGAUACGGUGAAGUUUACUUAGCACGCAAAUCAGACACAGGUGAAAUAUGUGCAUUAAAGCAAAUGCGUAAAAAAACACUCCAGAAGAUGGAUGAAGUAAAGCAUAUCCUUAUUGAGCGUGAUAUUCUCACAACAGCAAAAUCACCUUGGCUUGUUAGAUUACUCUACGCGUUCCAAGAUAUCGAUAAUGUCUUCCUUGCUAUGGAAUUCGUCCCUGGUGGUGAUUUCCGUACUCUUCUUAACAACUCAGGUGUUUUGAAAGAGGAACACGCCAAGUUCUAUAUCGCGGAAAUGUUUAUGGGUGUUGAUACUCUUCACAAGCUAGGUUAUAUUCACCGUGAUCUGAAACCAGAAAACUUCCUUGUUGAUAGCACCGGACACGUCAAAUUGACAGACUUCGGUUUGGCGACAGGUGCACUCAACCCUGCCAGAUUGGAUUCACUUAAGCAUAAACUCGAUGAAGUUAAAGAAAAUGACAUUAUUUACAGAAGUACAAUUGAACGGAGAUCAAUUUUCAAGUCAAUGAAACUCAAUCAAGCUAGAUGGGCUGAUAGUAUUGUAGGCAGUCCUGACUACUUGGCUGCUGAAGUAAUCAGAGGAAAACCGUACUCAUUUGCAGUUGAUUAUUGGUCACUGGGUUGCAUCUUGUUUGAAUUCUUGGCUGGUUUCCCUCCAUUUUCUGGAGCAACAUCAGAUGAAACAUGGACUAACUUGCGUAACUGGCAGAAGGUUCUCAGAAGACCUAUCUAUGAUAAACCAGAAGACUUGAUAUUUAACCUCACAGAUACAGCUUGGGACGCAAUAACGAGUUUCAUUGCACCUCUCGAGAGUCGUAUUGCCACUCUAGACGGUGUAAAAAGGCAUCCUUUCUUGAGUGAUAUCCCAUGGGACAAACUACGCGAUACUCACGCGCCCUUCGUUCCAGCUUUGGAUUCCGAAGAAGAUGCUGGAUACUUUGAUGCUUUCGAUGAUCCUGAGGAUAUGGUCAAAUACGCUGAAGUUAAGGAAAAACAAAUGAAAAUCGAAGCAAUGCAGGACAAGAACAACAAAGUCGAGAGGGGUCUCUUUGCAGGCUUCACAUUUGCACCACGUCAGAAAACAACAGAGCAACUCGCGAAAGCACUCGCAAAACCGGAAGAAGCACUUUCAACUAUUUUCUAGAACACAUAGCAUUUACAUUUUCUAUUAUUUAACCAUCUUUUAAUCAUAGCAACUGACAAUCUUAUUUGUUACAUACAUUGAUAUAUUUAACGCAAA